AUGCCAGUGGAUCACUUCGGAGAUACCAGUGGCAUUUUCGGCAACCGCUACUGGGUUAACGAUACUUACUACAAUGCGGGAGGCCCAGUGUUUCUUUUCGACUCGGGCGAGCAGAAUGCUGAACCACUGUUGCCCUACUAUCUUCAGGAAUAUCAUGGCUUGUCAGCUGUUAUGCGCCUUGCGAAGCGCUACAAAGGACUGGCCAUUCUCUGGGAACAUCGCUUUUAUGGAGAAUCUCUUCCCUUUCCUGUCAACGAAAAUACCACCGCAGAGCAAUGGCGGUUCCUUACCACGGACCAAGCCCUCGAAGACGUCGUCUACUUCGCCAACGCCUUCAUCCACAACGCACGCACGUUCCACCCCUCCUCGACGCCUUGGGUCUGGGUCGGCGGCUCGUAUCCUGGUGUGCGUGGUGCACUCUUGCGCCAGCGCAACCCAGAAACCAUCUUCGCCGCAUGGGCGAGCUCCGCACCCGUGCACGCCCAAGUCGACAUGGCGAGCUACUACGCCGCCGCCGAGCGCAGCCUCACGCGCAACUGUUCCGCAGACUGGGUCGCGGUAACGCGUCACGUUGACGGCGUCCUGCGCUCUGGGAACGCGAGCGCCGCAAUAGAAGUCAAGUUCGCGCUACUUAAGGCGUUGUUGAGCGGCCCAGGGGGCAACACGACGGGUGCACAGAAUUUGACGAAGAGCCAGGCCGCUGCGACCAGUGACGUCAACGCAGCAUCGAUACUGAUGGAGGCGCUGAAUUUCUAUCAGUACUAUGGUUUUGAGGCUUCCGUACUUCCAUUUUGCAAUAUUGUUGAAACGCGAAAUUUCUCCUCGGAUCCCGUGGAGGCAGGGCUGGCGGCGACACUCGGUGUGGACGCUGCGUUCAAGGCUUUUCUCACAGGCAUCGCAGAGAUUGACUACGAUUCCAUUCCGGGGGUCCCUGACGAUCCUGUUACCGACCGGUCAUGGAUGUGGCAGUACUGCUCCGAAUACGGAUUUUACCAGCGCGGCGAUCCCACUAACUCCCUUUCCAUUGAGACAUCUUUCCUUUCGUUAGAGCUCUUUCAAGCAGAAUGCAACUCGACGUUCCCGGAAGGGCUUCCGUCGUCACCUGCGGUCGAGCAUGUCAACAAGUAUGGCGGGUGGGAUAUGCGUCCAUCGAAUGUCCUGUUCACAAAUGGCGAAUUCGACCCGUGGCGCACCAUGGGUCUUGCCUCGAUUGAGGCCAACUCGCCCCACCGCACUCCAACAGCCUCGGUCCCGCGGUGCAACGAGCCUGCGCCGGGCGAAUCUUUCUUCGGGAUAACGUACGCAGGCAUGGUGCAUGCGAGCGACAUGCGUGUGCUGCUGGUUCCCGAUGCGAACCACACAGACUUUAGGACGGUCGGGUUUUACAGUCCCGUGUCGCAGGAGCCGUUUUAUACAGGCCUGGCGUUGUUUCAGUUGGCGCUGGACGAAUGGCUGCCAUACUUCAAUCAGGCUGAGGCACAGAAUGCAGAGUAG